UUGCAGGCUUUGUUGACUCAAGGCAUCCCUUCAUAACCACGUUAUUGUCUGCUGGAGACUCCUACAGAGCAGAAGGGGACUGUCAGGAAGCAAAGAUGAUCUCCUUCAAGCAACUGCCCCUUGAAGCGAAGGCUGCAGUGGCUGCAGGAGCGGUUUUCUUCUCCACGAUGGUAUCGCGGAGCUACCUGGCAGAACAACUGGAGCUCAAGACACGACGUUGGCUUCUCAGGUUGCAGAUGGUGCUGUUUGCUAACACGCUCAUGUUGAUAGGAUCUCUUCAUGUGUGGAGAAGCACAGUCACCAUGUUCUCCAGGUCUUCAGUUGCUAGCUCCUUCUGUUUCGUGCCAUGGAAAAUAGCCGUGUUGACGUUUCUAGCUUUGGCGCAUUCAAGCUUCUUUACGGUGCUGUUUCUUGUUGCAGAAGAGCCCUAUUUCUUUUCUUUAGCUGCCUAUACUUGCCUAGGGGCCUAUAUCAUUCUUAUCUUCUUUCUCUUUACUCUAGGCUCUGUAGAGCAGGCUUAUAAGUUCUUGGCUGGGAGAGGUGCUAAAGCAGGCAGUAAGAAUAGCAGAACAGCGAUGAAGUCAGUUUUGGCAGUCAUGCUGACUGUUGUGCUGACUGUCGUUGGGCUGUUAAAUGCUUCCCAGCCUCCGACUGUGAAUUCAGUGGAGGUUCCUGUUCACAAGCUGCCAGCAACAAUGAAUAAUCUGAAAGUGGUGUUGCUUUCGGAUAUCCACCUGGGGCCUACAGUUGGGAAGACGAAGCUUGCCAUGAUUGUGAGAAUGGUUAAGGCUUUGAAACCAGAUAUCACAGUGAUUGUUGGGGACCUGACUGACUCCGAGGCGGAUAUCAUACGACCUGCUGUUGAGCCUCUUGGAGAACUUAAUUCCCCUUUAGGGACUUACUUUGUCACAGGAAACCAUGAGUACUACACAUCAGAUGUUGGCAACUGGUUUGAACUGUUGAAAUCGUUUAACAUUCGGCCACUCCACAAUGAGAACGUGAAGAUUGUUUCACCAAAGAACGCUGACGACUGGUUCUGCCUGGCUGGUGUUGAUGAUAUUGAGGCGGAUGUAUUACGCUACUCAGGGCAUGGCAUGGAUUUAAAAAAAGCUCUCGGUGGUUGUAGCAGUGAGCAUGCAAUAGUGCUGUUAGCCCAUCAGCCAGUUGCUGCAAAAUGGGCCCUUCAGGAGAGACCAGACAUAAAUUUAAUCCUCUCUGGCCAUACUCAUGGAGGGCAGAUGUUCCCGCUAAAUGCUGGGGCUUAUUUUCUGAAUCCCUUCUUUGUUGGCUUGUACAAAGUUGGGCAGAACACCUUUGUCUAUGUCAGCCCAGGGACGAUGUACUUUGGAAUACCCAUGAGGUUGGGCAGCAGAGCUGAAAUAACAGAGAUAAUUCUGCGUUCUCCUUGAGGAGUUUCCCAGUUGACAGACUUCUGCCAUCUUUGUUGGUCAGUAUAUUGACCCCUUUGCUCUGGAAGCAAAUCCUUUUUCAGGGAAGUCAGAGAAGAUGUGUUAGGGUGGACUCAAGCAGCUUCUGUUAAGUUUGAGGAGAAAAUACUAACUGUAUUAGGCCUAUUGAACAAAUCAGGGGUGUGUUAAAAUGCUGAAGAAAUUAAUUCUUUGAGUUCAUUACUAUUGAGGUUCUGCAUUUAAGGAUAACACUAAUGUCAUGGAGGUAAUGUCUGUGCUGUGCACCUUUAAUAAUACCUGUAUCCUGUGGCUAGCUCAUGUUCUGCUGUUUACCUUAUUAUAUGUUAGGCAGUUGCCCCUUACUAGACGUCAGACAGGUGAACUUCUGACUUCUUGCAUUGAAAUUACAUAUGCAUGUUUUGCAGAAGGCACUGCAAAGUUUCUCUCGAGCUUGUCAACUCCAGAAGCCUUACGCUAAAAAUAUUAUUGGAAGAGAACAUGCUUUUUGACUGAGACAGGUAUCUUUAGACCAUCUGUUCCGCUAUCUCUAUGUAGCAUGCAGUGGGGCUUCCAGUUUGAGUUGCUUACCAAUAAAAUAAGGUACCGCGUAGCUGCGUUCCACAGUUCCUGAGAUUUGUUUUUUUCACCCAAAAAGCUGAGGAGGCUUAUAUUAAAGGGUGGCAGUAGCUGUCUUUCUGCAGGCCUUUUCCCCAUAAUAACUGGGCACCUAGUAAUUACAUAAUGAUAUUUGCCCUAAUGAAAGUGUAUGAAAAGCAAACUCUUAAUUAACGGAAAUUCUCUUGCUAUCUGAGCAUUCAGUACCUCUCUGUUGCAAAGCACAAAAUCGAAAGGUGAAAUACAGAGCCUCUUUUUCACUCCGUUCUGUAUUUUUUUUGUUCAUGCUUAAUUUCUCUUUUCUGUGAUUUUUCUCUUAGAAGAGUAAGGAGAGGCUACUGGAAAAUGAUGCAAAUGAUGUUCAAUAUGUUAAUACUUGAAACUUUGAAUUUCUUCUAAGGUUUUUAAAUUUCAAAUAAGCAGUGUCCUUUUUAAGAAAACUAAACUUCACAGAAGGUAACUUUCCUUAACAGUGUUUGCGUAUUGACAUCCUAGUUCUCUCAUAUAUAUACAACAGAAGAACUGUUAUGUAUAGUGAGUAAUGGGGAAUUUCCCUUUCUUUCCUAGAAGGGUCUAACAUAUAUUAAUAUAAUUCUGGAAAAUUUUAUAGACUAAAAAAAAAUUAAUAAAAACUUUCUUGCUUUCUUAGCUUUGUGCUCUUGUUAAGAGAGCCAGAAUGCAAAUUAAUGAGCAGGUAUUAUCCAGGCUGAUGAAAUAGUUUACUUCCUCUUCUCCCCAUCCCUUCCACCUCAGCGUAACGAUGUGAAACGCCACAAACAACGUAAGCCUGGCAAUCCUGCCCCUGCCCCUGGGUUGUCCAGCUGCAGCCGCAGGGGCUCACGCUCUGCCUUCCUGCCCCCUGGUACUGGAGCUCCUCUCGGGUGGAGCUGAGCGGCAUGGGCCGAGAGUUUAGUGCUUAUCCAGGAGUCCAGAGAUGUCAAGACCAGAGCUGGGGUGUUCGAUCUUUUCCUGCCUUCUUGUGUGAUUCUCAACCAGACGCUUCUCUUUUAUUGUUCAGCUCCUGUUGUCAUUUUGCUGGGGGUCAAGUGAGAAGUACCAUAGGCUUUAUAAAAGUGCAUUUUUUUUCUGUAAGUGAAAAUUUGAAGUUUCCUUUCAUU